AUGGGCCAGAAGGACCAUGUGGAGGCAGGAGCAGGCCACAUCCUCGACCUGGGGCUGGAUUUGGAGUAUCUCCACGUAGCAGGGGCUGACCGGCAGGCUGGCGGCACUGACGGGCCCCCUGCUAUGGAGGAGCAGGGGGAGAGCUCCGGCGACAUCAGCACCACCAAUUCCCCUCCACCAGCCGCAGUGGAAGAAAACGCUGGGUCCGAUGCAGAGUGCGAGGUGGGAGCGUCUUCCAGCGUUGCCCUCGCUGCCAGCAUCAACCCGGAUGGAGGAGAGGGUGGGUUAACGCACAGUAAGAACACCCACCAGCCGCUCUGUCGGACCCAGUGUGUCGACUUAGGGACCGAGGGGCCUCCUGAGCCCCCAUCUGAACUCUCAUCAGAGCUCAAAGAAGACACCCCUGCCAAGUCCCCACCCAGCUCCCCGUGUAAGCACCCGCCCGAGCCUCCGUCCAACCCCUCUGCAUCAGAGCCAGCAUCCGAGGCUAGUGGGAAGGAGUACCAGGCUAAGCUGGAGUUUGCACUUAAGCUGGGCUACUCUGAGGAGACAGUGAGACUGGUUCUGUCCAAACUGGGCCCUGACACUCUAAUCAACGACAUACUGGGAGAGCUGGUCAAACUGGGCACCAAAUCAGACUCGGAGCAGCAAGCUGGACCUUUGGCCUCUACCUCAUCCUCUUCGUCGUCCUCCUCCUCUUGUGGUUGUGCUGAUUUGCUGGAUAGCCAGCGCUCGGAUUCACCCUGUCCAUCAGACUCUGUGUGUGACCAGGACAACCUGCGGCCAAUUGUGGUGGAUGGAAGUAAUGUCGCCAUGAGCCAUGGCAACAAGGAAGUGUUUUCCUGCCAGGGCAUACUGCUGGCUGUAGAUUGGUUCCUAGAGCGUGGUCAUCAUGACAUCACAGUGUUUGUGCCUGCAUGGAGGAAAGAGCAGUCCCGCCCCGACGCCCCAAUAACAGACCAGGAGAUCUUACGUCGUCUUGAGAAGGAAAAGAUUCUCGUCUUCACUCCUUCGCGGCGUGUACAAGGCCGCCGUGUGGUCUGCUAUGACGACCGCUUCAUUGUCAAGCUGGCCUAUGAGUCAGACGGCAUCAUUGUCUCCAAUGACAACUACCGAGACCUGGCUAAUGAGAAACCGGAGUGGAAAAAGUUCAUUGAUGAGCGACUGCUCAUGUACUCCUUUGUCAAUGACAAAUUCAUGCCCCCAGAUGACCCUCUUGGUCGUCAUGGCCCCAGCUUAGACAACUUCCUGAGGAAAAGACCUAUCAUGCCUGAGCAGAAGAAACAGCCUUGUCCAUAUGGAAAGAAGUGCACUUACGGCCACAAGUGUAAAUACUACCACCCAGAAAGAGGUGCUCAGCCCCAGCGUGCUGUGGCUGACGAACUGCGUGCCAGUGCCAAGACUUGCGUAACCACGAAGAACCAAGGGGACACUGGGCUGGUGAAGAGCCACAGCGUUCCAGCUGGCAGCAUUGAGGCAAGAAAAAGUGCCCAGAAAAGGCAGUCAGACCCCAGCAUCCGAGCUCUGUCGUACAGUGAUGCUGAGGAGAAACUACUGGCAAAAGGGAGGGUGGAGAGCCAAAAGAACAGCAUGUGUGGUAGCAGCAGCAGCAGUUCCAGCAACAGCAGUAGUUGCAGUGCGAGUAUAACUAUGUCCCCAGCUCCAGGAGGCCCCCCAUCCAGCCUCAGCCUUCCCCAAGACCAACAGUGCAGAGCAGCCACUCAUGGUCUCCUACCAGCUCCCAGCCACGACCUUUACCCGCACUGUGAGUCUCCGGACUUGAGCUACUACUCAGUAACGCGUGCCUACUCUGGCCUGAGCCUCUCCUCCAGACGGAGCCCAGACUGUCGCUUCCCCAACGACACUGACCUGCGGAUUGGCUCAAUGGGCUCAGCAGGCUCUGAAUGCGGCAGUGAAAGCAGCGCGAGUUGCGGUAGCAGCUGUGACUCAUACAGUGAGAGACCAUGUCCUGGAUGCCCCCCAGAAACCUUACUGGAAGACAUCCAUUAUGCUAAUCCUCACAGCCGACUCCACACAUCUAAUACUGGACUCCACAGCUACCACAUGAACAUGACACGCGGGCAAAGCUGUGCUCAUGAUCAGCCUCCAGAUGCUCCACCAAAACGCCCUCUCUACCCCUUAUCCCCUCAUCUCCAACACCAGCCGCUUGCUGCACGCUCCAGCUGUCCAGGCGACUACCACUCUUUGACCCAGUCCAACCCCCCCGGCUCUCCUCUUGGCCGUUGCCUGGCCCCCACACGAGCAGAGAGCGUGUCAGACUCGCAUCUAUAUGAUCACCUCUCUACAUCACACCAUCACCACCGGCCAAAAGCAUUGCCAGGCUGGGACACGUACUACAGGCAGCCACCAUUGCCGCCGCCCAGGUAUGAGCCGUCUGCCUAUCAGAGCCUGCCAGACACACGUCAGUCAUCCUGGCACACCCCUCCCUGGGCACAAGACGGCUACGCCCAGCACCACUCCUCUCACCCAGCUCUCCACCCGUCCCCGACACAUUACCUAAACCAUCCACCACCUUCAGCUCACACUCCUCACCCGCCCCAUCCAUCCAGCAAAACUCUCCCGCCAUACAGCACUCGCCUUACAGUGCCCUCCCACGCUCCCCCCUCCUACAUGCCGCAGCACCCAGAAUCCCCAGCGCACGGUCACUAUGGGGACAUGAGGGAGAAGGUGUACGUCAAUCUUUGUAACAUCUUCCCCUCGGAGCUGGUGAGCCGGGUAAUGGCCAGGAGCCCCCACAUUACAGAUCCCCAACAGCUGGCAGCCGCCAUCCUGGCAGAAAAAGCUCAAACAGGCUACUGAGGGAUGAAAGAAAGUGUCAUUAUUCAUUAGAAAACAAUACCAGAUUGUGACUUCUGAAUAGAACUGGGAACACACACAACUAGACAUGGUUUGCAUAAGCAGAACAAAUAGAAAUUUGCCUUUGCCCCACUUGAAAAGCACGUUGGGUUUGCAUUUUGAAAACUGGAUUGCUUUUGGAUUGAGGAGCUUUUUCUUAUGAGAGAAUGCAAAAGUUUGA